AGAGGGAGAGGAACAGUGAGGAGGAUGAGGGAGACAUGGAUCCCAUCAGCUCCAUCCUUAACCCCAUCCUGGAAAUAGCACUGAAGGUGUACAACCUGUGCCAGAAGGUAAAGAGCAAUAAGAAGCGCUGUGCGCGCCUCUCCAAGCAUGUCUCUGCUGGUGGAGCUGCUGGAGGCCGCACGGGAGCAGGACCUGUGCGACAAGACCGUGCUCGUGCGCAAGGCCCUGACGGAGCUGGGCGAGGUGCUGCAGACGGCCAAGGACCUGGUGCAGCACCACGUGGAGGCCUGCUGGAUCGAGCGCAUGUGGAACACAGAGGAGAUGGGCCAACAGUUCGACCCGCUCAACGUGCGACUCAGCCAGGCAGCCGACACACUGUCCCUUGCCCUGCAGGUGGAGCACAGGGACCGUCUAUAGGAGGUGUACAAUGAGCUGCGUCAGCAAAAGGAGGACGAGGAAGACAGGAGGGCUGACCUGGAAGAAUGGCAGACAAUCGUGCAAACCUUGGCGACAAGCACUAAAGAAGGUGUGGACGCUGUGCGUGAGACAGUGGACGGCACCCAGAGGGACAUCAAUGACGUGCAGGACAAACUGGAGCAGACACAGAAAGACAUCCAGGACAUCAAGGGCAUGCUGGAGACCGUUACUGAUUACAUUCCUCCAGCACCCCUAGAGGCAAAUGAGCUGAGUGAGUUGAUUGACCAGUAUAAGGAGUCGGUGCGGACCGCCUACGGGGUAUUUGAGGAGUACAAUUCCUUGCCCGGGGAGAACCUUCAGCUGGAGGAGCGCUACACGGAGCUGCUGAUUGUCCAGAGGCACCGUGAGCAGAGGGAACGUGAGGAGGAGAUCCGCUCCUGGAGCGAGGACCUCCAGCAGGUCUACAGUGCCAGGAAGACUCAGGCCUACCGCAGCACUAGUGUUGACCAGCUCCUGCGGGCUCAGGGCCACACCGCUGCCCCGAAGGCAGUCAUCCUCCAGGGGAAUUCCGGGAGCGGGAAAACCUUCACCACGCGCAAGAUUAUGCGAAAGCUCUAUGAUGGCGUAUUUGAUUUUGUUUUCCGUCUGAAGUGCAAGGAACUGAAUUACUACUCUGGAGAGAAGAGCAUGGUGGAGAUCCUGAGCACCAGUGAGAAGCUCAUGCCAGCCGUCUCCCAGGUGUUGAGAACCGCUCCGGAGAGUGGCUUCGACGAGCUCAGGUUUUCACGAGAAGCAGCCUCGGUGUCUUUUCCCACAGAUGUGUCCACACCAGCUCCCAUGGAGGCAACGUUAAGUGCUCUGUUUAGAGGGAAGGUCCUCUCAGACUCUGCCGUCAUGGUCACCACCCGGUCCACGGCCUCGGACGGCCUGAGGAAGCUGCAUUUCAACGAGAUUCUAGGCUUCUUGGACGAGGCCGUGCGCAAGUACUUCCGCAAGUAUUUCAAAGACGAGCAGCUGCCGCAGAGGGCAUUCGAGUGCGUCCGGGCCAACGAGACGCUCUACACGGCUUGCUUCAUCCCCGUCAUCUGCUGGAUCAUAUGCACCGUGCUGAAGGAGAGGAUCGAGGACGGCCUGGACAUGACCUCAGGACUGCAGACCACUACCGCCAUCUUUGUGCACUUCGUGAACACGCUGCUGGAGCACCACUGCCAAAACCUGAACCAGCCGCCAGAGGUUCUGCUUAGGAACAUCGGGCGUCUGGCCGAGAGCGGGAUCGAGAGGCAGCAGGUCUUGUUCGACGAGCGCAGCAUCUCCGAGGCCGUCUCUGAUCCCAGCAGCGUCCCAUUCCUGUGCAAGUUCCUGAAGAAGAAGAUUGGCCGGCUCCAGACCAUGUUCACCUUCAUGCACCUCAGCUUCCAGGAGUUCUUCGCCGCUCUCCACUACCUUCUCCUGGACGAAGCCGAGGCUGAGAGCAAGAUGGACAAACUGUUGCUCUCUGUGGAGGGACAGGGUGACGGUGUGUGACAGUCUCACCUGCGCCCUGUUGUCCAGUUCAUCUGCGGCCUGCUGAACAGAGAUGUGAGAGAUACCCUCAGCGACGCGUUCUCUAUCAGCCUGUCCACAGUGGAUGUGAUCCGUGCGCGGCUGGAGCGCUGGAUAGCCCACAUGGUGGAGCUGGAGAAGAACAAAAUCUUGUCGGAGGCCAAAAUGCAGCUCUUCCUGCUCCACUGCCUCUAUGAGCACCACAAGGACAAGUACACCGCCGCCGUGAUGGACUUUUGGGGAAGCCUGGACCCCAGCUUUCUGCCCCUCAACAACACAGACUGCUGGGUGCUGCUCUACUGCCUCAGGUGUUGCCCCAAAGUCGGGAGUCUCAAGCUCCAAUACUGCAACAUCACGCCCACCAAACUGCGCAUGCUGCAGCCGGGCCUCAUCAGAUGUGAAAACCUGAAAGCUGAUGAUGGUCUCUGCUCUCUGCUGCCCCCUGUAGUC